GGUGAUCCUCCUAUACACACUUCAGUAGUGUCUGAGGAACUCGACGCGCUGCUGAUUCAAGUUUCACACAGAUCAACAUGAUUGUCUGGAUGGUGAUUGCAGCUGUGGUUUUUCUCGCCCUUUUAUUCCGCAAUCCGCACUUUUUCCAGGAUGUCCAAUACGUGCGGGAUAAAAUACAAGCGAGGCGUCGUGUCUUAAAAUACAAGCAGACUAAUUACUCCAUCCUGGACCGGUUUUUAGAAGCGGUGAAGGCGCAGCCACACAAGCCGUUCAUCCUUUUUAACGAUGAGACUUUUACCUACCAGGAUGCGGAUGAGCUCAGUAACAAAGCUGCACGAGUUUUCCUGCACAAUGGACUUGUUAAAGAAGGAGACACUGUUGCGCUGUUCCUCAGAAAUGAGCCGAUGUUUCUGUGGUUGUGGUUAGGUUUGGUAAAGAUCGGAUGUAACGCUGCUUUUCUCAACUACAACAUCCGAUCCAAGUCCCUGUUCCACUGCUUCAGCAGAAGCGGAGCCAAGACUCUGGUCGCAGCUGAAGAGUUACACAAUGCUGUAGAGGAGGUUCUGCCCAGUCUGCUGGAGCAGCAGGUCACUGUUUUCAUCCUGGCUGACAGAUGCAGAACUGGAAAUAUGGAGAGCUUCAAAGACAAAAUGAGCCAGGCCUCCUCUGAGCCUCUGUCCAAAGAUUUAAGGUCACAUUUAACCUUACAGAGUCCUGCAGCCUACAUAUAUACAUCAGGGACAACAGGUCUCCCUAAAGCAGCAGUAGUCUCUCAUGUCAAACUGUGGAGCCUAGCUUGCAGUAUGUCUAUGGCAGGAGUGACCUCCGAAGAUGUGCUUUUUAUUAGUCUCCCUCUCUAUCACACCACAGGUUUCCUCGGAUUCAUUUCGGUCAUUGAGAGGGGUAACACAUUGGCUUUGAGGAGUAAAUUUUCAGCAUCUCAGUUCUGGGACGACUGCAGAAAAUAUAACGUCACGGUCAUAAUGUUUAUAGGUGAAAUGAUGCGUUACCUCUGCAACACACCAAAAAAACCUAAUGAUCAAAGCCACAAAGUGAGACUUGCGAUAGGCAGCGGGGUAAGAGCCGAUGUUUGGAGGUACUUCAUAACCAGGUUUGGAAACGUUCAAAUCAAAGAGGUUUAUGGAGCAACUGAAGGGAAUUUUUCUCUGCUGAAUUACACCGGCAAGAUUGGAGCUGUUGGCCGAGACACCUUCCUCAACAAAUGGGUUUUUCCAUAUGCUGUGAUCAAAUUCGACACAGAAAAAGGAACACCUUUGAGGGAUUCUUCUGGUCUCUGCAUAGAAGCUGCCAAAGGUGAACCUGGACUUCUGGUAUCUGAAAUAUCAACAAGGGCUCCGUUCGCUGGAUAUGUGAGAGACCUGCAGCAAACUGAGAAGAAGAGGCUGCAUGAUGUCUUCAAGAAAGGAGACUUGUACUUCAACACUGGUGACCUGCUGUGCAUUGAUGAAGAUAAUUUCAUUUACUUUAAGGAUCGAGUCGGAGACACUUUCAGAUGGAAAGGAGAGAACGUGGCUACAACUGAGGUGGCUGACAUCAUCACACUGCUUGACUGCAUCAAAGAAGCCAACGUUUAUGGAGUCGAAGUGCCAGGUCAGGAGGGGAGAGCUGGAAUGGCUACCGUUACUUUAAGUGAAGCACAGAGAUUUGACCCUGCAGAUGUUUUUAAACAUGUUGUAAGCUUCCUGCCGGCCUACGCAAGGCCAUGUUUUCUGAGGAUUCAGAGCUCCUUGGACAUUACAAGCACGUUCAAGCAUAUGAAGGUGAAGCUGGUGGAGGAGGGUUUCAACCCAAAUCAAAUGACAGACCCGCUCUACUUUCUGGAUGAAAAAAACAAGAAUUAUGUCCCGCUUACGGUGGACAUAUUCAACUCGGUUACAUCAGGAAAGAUCAGAAUUUAAAGUGGCUUUUAUUGCCUAUCCUGCUUGCACUGUAACACAUCAGCCACCUGUGAUGUUCAAGUUCAAGUUGUUUUGUGAUGAAGUCUUGUAAUUUUAUCUUUAUCCGUUUACUUUUUUGUACUUCUACUUCAGCAGUAAUUUAAUGCAUAUCACUAAAUAUAUCACUUUAAUUCUCCUCCAGGGAACAUGUUUGAGCGUGUUGCACUGAGAUGUAAUGGCUUCACUUAGAAAGAAAGUAAGUUUUUUUUUUUUUUUCUAUAGUAGAGAAAAAUGACAGCUGUAAGCUCCUUAUUCAAACAAUGAGGUGUCGCUGCUUACCAUUCUGAUCUAUUGAGGCUAUUGUGAUGUAUGGUUGUUGAAUGUUUGUUGGCAAGUCCCUUCCCUGUCUUUGGGGCUUAAGGAUUUUAGGAUAAUAAUUUAGAUUUAAAAUGAUUAUUUUAGAUUUCUUUUUUUCUGAUCUCUUGUUUUAUAUAAUUUAAACUCCUGGACUUUAUUUGUGCUCUACAUAGUUUUAAACGAUGAUUUGAAAAUACUUCAUUGUAGCAAUCACAAGCACAAAUUCAUCUUGUUUCUACUUAAAGCAGCUACAAGGAGUUUUUAACUGGUUAUGAAACUCACUUUAAUUCUGAUGCCUCUUUAUGACUUACAUAAGCAAAUGAGACCAUCAGUGAGAAUAUUGGCUAUUUUUUAUAUAGUUAUUCUUAAUGCUUGUCUUAAAAUAAUCACAUGACUGGUUUAUCACAAUGAAUGACGUUUAACAACCUGUUUCCUCCAUGUACCUUUAAAUAAAUCUU